CCGGCUUCGUGGUAGGUUCUGGGAGGGAUUUUUACUUCGGUGUGCGGAAAAGUGCAGAAGCAGUUUUGAAUCUCGAAAUUUAAGCUGAUGCGUAAAGUAAUUGAUGACAAAGAGAAGACCCACGUACGACCGACAAGACAAACUAGAAGUCUUGAACAUCGAGCAAAGUUUUCGAAAGGGAAAGGGUCGAUAAGUAGUGCUAUUGUGUAAACCACUUAUCAGGUGACUGUACUUAUAGUAACAACAUGUUCCUGUAUAUUCAGAUUUACAAAAGCGACUGAAAGUUACAUUUUAUCACCCUGACGACCUCGCGGUUUUUUUUUUAUUUAAGUAUCAUUAAUAACUGACACUGAGAAAAACUAAAAGAUCUUGAUGAAAAACGAGAAAAAAUGGCUGCGAACACGCGAAGGAGGUCCUGCUGCUGUCGGUUUUUGGAUUGGUGCUACAGCGAUUUAGAGGUGGUGAAUAACGAUGUCGAAGACCUGUGGUUCAACGAGCCCCGCGUCUGCCUCCGCAGCUGGCCCUUCUUGCUCGCCUUCUGCCGCGUGGUGAGUACCAUCGGCUACACGCUGGCUAUCGUGCUGCCUUUCUUCAGCACCGAGGAGCUGUACCGAGCCUACUUGCCUUAUUUGACACGAGUGAAUGUCAUUAUCGGCUUUCUCUUCUACAUCCUGCUCUUUUACCGAGACCGCCGGCUGUACCAGCAGGCGUGCGCAAUCAGCCUACUGCGGGACCAUGAGGACCAAAUUCAGGAGACCGCUUACCGGGCUAGCGUGUUGACGGGAAGCGCUAGUAACGCGCCUGGUCAACAAGGUCGUCAACAUUCAUCCGGGAUGAACUUUUUGCGGGCGAGCCAGGCAAUCCCGCUGACUAGCUCCAUCAAGUCGCUGCAGGACGCAGAGGAACUGCUGCUGAGUGAGGAGGGCGUGCGGCAGCGCACGGCAUCCGAACUGCUCCAGUCGGGCGGAACAAUGGCAAGAAGAUCCUCUCAGGUGGCGCCGGCUUUUCAGGAUGAGGGGGACCAUGCAACAGCGACUGCGGCCGACGCGACCAGCAACGUGCUGCUUCCGCGGAGCUUUAACCACGUGCGCAUCCAUCAGCAGGGCAGCUCGAAUUUGACGCGGGUGAUGCGCCUGCUGCAGGAGUGGAUAGUCGUCAUGUCCUUAAUGAUUUUUGGGUUCUAUUGGCUCUUGAUCUACAGCCCGGCCAACUUUGCGCCGGUCGGCACGAACGCCGACCAGGUCCGGGAACAGCAAACCGACCCGUCACGGUCGCCGUUGGACGCAAUGAUGGCCACGCGGGUGACCUGGCAGGACCUGCGCCUGCUGGAGGCGCAGGAACGAUGGAUAAACACCGCAGCGUUCUACCAGGCCGAGGCGAAUUUCGGCGCGCGCGUGCCCCCGAUUGAUUUAUCAAGUGUAAAAAUGUCUGGGUCUGGAAGAAUGCAAGAUUUGUCAUGCAGAUUUUCCAUGACCCAUGAGGUCUGGAAUGCAGGACCUAGCAUGACAGAUUCUGCGCGAUCUCUCUCAUGCCUAUCCUGCAUGAGAAACUCCCUCCCGACUUGGUCAAAACUGGACGACUUUUGGUAAUCAUGCAACACAGAUUUUUAAAUACUUCAGAUUUAGCAUGACAAGUUGCAUUCUUCCAGACCCAGACAUUUUUACAUUUGAUAUGAUUUCCAAAAGAGCAACUACUCGCAGCCCGUCCAGUAUCGUACGAAAAAAGUGUUUCACUGUAAGGAUUUUGCAGGUUUUGCAUCACAAGUUCGUUCUACAUGACAGAGAAAAUUUGCCAUGCAAGCUUCCUAAGAGAAAACACACCUAAAAAUCCAGUUCCUUGCAUGUGUAGCAAGACAAAUACUUCUGUGUUCCAUUUUAUGCAUCCCAAGUUUACAGUGAAACAGUUUUUUCCUGUGAUAUCCAGCCGAAUUUUCUCCCCGAUAGAAGUUCUUCCACCUCCGCGGCGCGACUGCCGGCAGACUUUACGACCGUCGCCAGCUUUUCCGCCGUCGAGGCCCGGGCGCCGCUGCUGCUCGACGAGCACAACCCGAUGCUCGAUCCGGAGAACGACCUAACCCAGGCCCAGCGCCGGGAGAUCGUGGACCGCGAGCGGACAGAGGCGGCCAAAGUGGCCCAGGAGUACGCCAACAACGAGGACGCGGACCGCCAGCUGUCCCCGACACCCACCGGCUCCUCGUUUCGCGCGGUCGGCAGCACGAAGCAGGAGAGGUACCCGACGGCCUACAAGCUGUACAGGCUGGGCAAGAGCAUGAAGAGCCUGGAGUUUUGGAUUUGCCUGUUCGAGCACGCGCUGAUUCUUUUCGCGGCCACCACGGAGUUGUGCCUCUUCCAACACCGGUUCCUGACGGGGCGGCUGGUGCUGCUGCUGUUUCUCGCGCUCACGUGGCUCGCGACCAACAUUGCCUACACGCUCGCGCUGCGCACGCCCUUGUACGCCAUGCUCGAUUGGGGGACCAACGUCGGCAAGGCACUCGCGUACGUCGGCGCAGUGCUACUAUUCCUAUCCAAGAAAAAAACGUUGUUAGUGUAACUUUUUUGCAGGACGAACAGCAUCACAGAUUUGUUUUGUAUGACGGAAAACCUGUCAUGCGUAGCUAGUAAGCGAAAACACGUAUAUGUAUUAAAAUAGCCUCUGACGCAUAUCCGGCAUGACAAGUGGAAGUGUAACUGUAUUGCAACAUCUGCAAGACAAAGUUGUUUUUUUCUUGGAUAAUUCCUCACCCUCGUCUACUACGCACUGCUGUGCGCGCACCGCUCGCGCUGCCUCAGUGCCAGCCCGUACUACCCGAGGCUGACCGGUUCGUCGGGCGUGCCAGCCGGUGCGGGCGACGAGGAAGAUCAGGGUUUACUGGACGAGAGCGAAAAGGAAGAAACAUAUUGAUUGCGGAAGAACAAGAACAGUAUUCAAUUCUUGAGCAGAGCUGGACCUGGAGCCAAUAAAAGGAACUACCGCGCUGUGCCAACAUGCCCCUGGCCUCUAGGGGGUUGAGCUCGAGUGACGUUGCACGAGCCCCAUACUAAUUAAGGUAGGAAAUGGAACUUUGUCUUUGUAGUAGCACCUCUACUCCAACUUCAACUUAAUCUUCUUUGCAGCUUUUAGUACGUCUCUAUAGUAUAAGUUGUACAUACUGAUGUUGCAAUUGGUAUUGCAUGCAAGAGGAACGGCUCCUCUUCUACAAGAAAAACUUGGACAAAAUUAAAAGCCAUAUACUGCCAUAGAAGUAGCGAUCGCUUAUAUGUACACUAUAUGUUGUCCUGUCUUAUCAUGUGAAAAGCAAAAGCCUCGACCUCGAGUGGUCAACCGUUUUCUGCGUGUAGAGCUCUCCUCACCAAGCACCAGAAACGGCAAGAGUAAAAACGACUGGCGGACAAGCAGGAGCACCAGACGUUUGAAAAUACGCAUGCUUGGGAUUCAGAACUACACCAAAGGUUUUAUAGAUUACUAUUGCAACACCAUCUUCAAGCAAACCCACUUACUCGAGCGAUUUUGCAAUUUGCAACAUGAAAAACAACUUCUGAUCUACCAAGUAUCGAUUGGCUUUCUGCGCGGACACAGGUUGCAGCUGCAACAAACUAUACGUACAAUGCUUUCGAUGCAGACUGCGCAAUUAAAAUUGUGCUCUACGAUAGAAGAUACGUAGGCUUAGGGACGUAAGUGCGCCGGCGGUCUGACGAUUC